ACAUGAAUCCUCAUGAUUCCAGGCGUAGCUAAGGUUAGUCCAUCAUUAAUUCCUUAUUGGUCCAUUAAUUAGUUCAUGAUUAAUAAACUAUUAAUUCAGAUAUUAGUACAUCAUUAAUCAUGUACCCUUAUUGUAAAGUGUUACCAUAAUGUCUUUGUUUAAAAUUUGCUUUUCAUGUCUUUUAGAAGUGUGUAUGUGACCUUGACUUGAGGAAGACGGUCUCUGUGUCUAUGGAUGGACCCAAUGUUAAUUGGCGUUUUUUUGAGAUGCUGCAGCAGGAGCAUGCAGAGCAUUUUGGGGGUGCUCAGCUGGCAGUGGUGGGGAGUUGUGGCCUGCAUACUCUCCAUAAUGCUGUCAAAUGUGGAUUCACCGACUGGCAUAUGGAGAAGUUUCUAAGAGCUCUGCAUACAAUUUUUCACAAUGUGCCAGCAAGAAGGGAGGAUUUCUGUAAUCUCACAAAGUCCAAAAUCUUCGCUUUGCCUUUUUGUGCUCAUCGCUGGGUCGAGAACCUCCCUGUGGCGGAGAGGGCCCUUGUCAUCUGGCCAGACAUGAUGAAGUAUGUUGAGGCUGUUAGCACCAAAAAGCUUCCUAACCCUGGGACGUCCUCCUAUGAUACCAUUGCGGCGGCAACCAAAGACCCUCUCAUUCUGGCAAAGCUUCACUUUUUCAUGGCAGUGUGUCGAAGUGUAACACCUUUCCUCACCAGAUACCAGACUCAUGAGCCUGUGCUGCCUUUCAUUGGUAAUGACUUGGCUGAACUGCUGAAGAGUUUGCUGAGGCGAUUCAUCAAACAAGAACUUCUCAAUGAUGCCACACCUCGGCAUUUGGUCCGGCUUGAUGUUAGUGACAUGCAGUCCAGGGUUCAUCUAAGAGCUGUUGAUAUUGGCAUUGGAGCUGAGGCUGCAAUAAAGAUAUUUUGGAAAUACAUAAUGUGUGACCAGACUGCUCCUGGUGUCCCUGUUGUUAGACCCGUCUACUCAGCCCUUCACUGGAUAGAAGGAAAGAGGAGGGAGAGGAAGCUAUUUACUUAAUUUAGUCCCCAUUCAUCCUUAGGAACGUCAGCAGCAGAGUAGAUCCACUGAGGAGCUUUCUGUCCUCCAGUUCAGAAAGGAAUGCAUGGAGGGUCUGUCCAAAAUUGUGAAGAAGAUUCAAGAG